AUGGCGGCACGGCAGCCAGGGACUAGGUGCAGCCGCUCUCGAGCAUUAAAUCAAAGUAAGAGAGUUAAUAAUGGCAACACAGCUACAAAAGACUCUCCUCCUACCAAGAAAACUCGAAGAUGCCAGAAGCAGGAGGUGAAAAAGGAACUUGUGGCUGGAGGAAAAGCUGAUAAUUAUGACAAGACAGAAGACAAGCAAGAUGAAUCUGUGAAGACUUUACUGUUAAAAGGCAAAGCUCCUGUAGACCCGGAGUGCACAGUCAAGGUCGGGAAGGCCCAUGUAUACUGUGAAGGGAAUGAUGUCUAUGAUGUCAUGCUAAAUCAGACCAAUCUCCAGUUCAACAACAACAAGUACUAUCUGAUUCAGCUGUUGGAAGAUGAUGCCCAGAGAAACUUCAGUGUUUGGAUGAGAUGGGGCCGAGUUGGGAAAGUGGGGCAGCACAGCUUGGUGGCUUGUUCAGGGGACCUCACCAAGGCCAAGGAAAUCUUUCAAAAGAAAUUCCUUGACAAAACAAAAAAUAAUUGGGAGGAUCGUGAGAAGUUUGAGAAGGUACCAGGAAAAUAUGAUAUGCUACAAAUGGACUAUGCCACCCAUACUCAGGGUGAAAAAGAAACAAAAGAAGAGGAAUCUCUUAAAUCCUCCUUGAAACCAGAGUCACGGCUAGAUCUUCGGGUACAGGAGCUGAUGAAAUUGAUUUGUAAUGUCCAAGCCAUGGAAGAGAUGAUGGUAGAGAUGAAGUAUGAUACCAAGAAAGCCCCACUUGGAAAGCUGACAGUUGCACAAAUCAAGGCAGGUUACCAGUCUCUUAAGAAGAUUGAGGACUGUAUUCGGGCUGGCCGGCAUGGACGAGCUCUCACAGAAGCAUGCAAUGAAUUCUAUACCAGGAUCCCACAUGACUUUGGACUCCGUACCCCUCCACUAAUCCGAACAGAGAAAGAACUGGCAGAAAAAGUGCAACUACUAGAGGCUUUGGGAGACAUUGAAAUUGCCAUCAAGCUGGUGAAAACAGAGCUGCAAAGCCCAGAACACCCACUGGAUCAACACUAUAGAAACCUCCAUUGUGCCAUGCACCCUCUAGACCACGCAAGUUAUGAGUUCAAAGUGAUUUCUCAGUACCUGCAGUCUACCCAUGCUCCCACACACAGUGACUAUACCAUGACCUUGCUGGACGUUUUUGAAGUAGAGAAGGAGGGUGAGAAAGAAGCCUUCAGAGAGGACCUUCAUAACAGGAUGCUGCUAUGGCAUGGUUCCAGGCUGAGUAAUUGGGUGGGAAUCCUGAGCCAUGGGCUUCGAGUUGCCCCACCUGAAGCUCCCAUCACAGGUUAUAUGUUUGGAAAAGGAAUCUACUUUGCUGACAUGUCUUCCAAGAGUGCCAAUUACUGCUUUGCUUCUCGCCUAAAGGACACAGGAUUGCUGCUGUUAUCAGAGGUAGCUCUAGGUCAGUGUAAUGAGCUACUAAAGGCCAAUCCUGAGGCAGAAGGAUUACUUCAGGGCAAACACAGCACCAAGGGGCUGGGCAAGAUGGCUCCCAGUCCUUCAAGCUUCAUCACCCUGAAUGGGAGCACAGUGCCCUUGGGACCAGCUGGUGACACAGGAGUUGUGAAUCCAGAGGGUUAUACCCUCAACUACAAUGAAUUCAUCGUCUAUAACCCCAACCAGGUCCGUAUGCGAUACCUUCUGAAGGUUCAAUUCAAUUUCCUGCAGCUUUGGUGAAUGUUUAUAUUGAAUAAACCAGAGAAUAUAUCUUCAA